CCGUUCUGAGCCGGUAUUGGCUGCUGGGGCUGUGACGUGAUUCAGCCGGUUCCCGUCUCCUCUGGAUAUAAGAUACCGGAGAAGGUAACGGGGCACUGAGCGGACAUCAGCUGAGCCGGCAGAAGAUCGGAGCCCUCAGGAACCCAACGUCAUCAAGAUGGCAUCUAGACUGAAAUACCUCCUGGUUUUCGACUUUGAUGAGACCAUUGUCAAUGAAAACAGUGAUGACUCGGUGGUUCAGGUGGCACCUGAAGAGGAGCUACCUGACUGGUUACGGGAGACCUUCCAAGAAGGCUUUUACAACCAGUAUAUGCAAAGAGUGUUCAAGUAUCUUGGAGAUAAAGGUGUGAAGUUGACGGACCUCAGAGCAGUGUACGAGAAGAUCCCUCUUUCUCCUGGAAUGCCCACCCUCUUCCGAUUCCUGACCAAGAACCAAGAUCGAUUUGAGAUUAUCCUAAUUUCAGAUGCCAACGUGUUUGGGAUUGAGAGCAACGUGAAAGGUUACGGCUAUCAUUCUCUAUUCCGAAGGGUCAUUAGCAACCCUACUACGCUGGAGAAGAACGGAUACUUGACUCUAGGUCCGUACCACACCCAUAGUUGCCCCCAGUGUCCAGCAAACAUGUGCAAGAGGAAGAUCUUAUCUGAAUACCUUGCUGAAAGGGCUCAAGAAGGAGUCAAGUUUGAAAGCCUGUUGUACGUCGGAGAUGGAGCCAACGAUUUCUGCCCGUCUGUCAUAUUCACAUCCACAGACGUCACCUUCCCUCGAAAGAGUUAUCCCAUGCACAAGUUGAUCCGAAAAAUGGAAGAAAAGCAGAAAGGAUCCUUUAAGGCUAAAGUGGUCCCUUGGGAAUCUGCUGAUGUGGUGGCACAGUACCUCCAGGCUCUCUUGAACAAGUAUUAAAAAGCUCACACCUUCGCUUAGAAUAGUUACUAUGAGUCUCAUAUCCUAGGCACCAUCUUCGUGAUCGAUCCUAAACUAUGCAGUAAUGUCAACUUUCAACCUCAGUUCUCUUGGAUUGGAAAGUUGACCUUUUCAUGCCAGUGUUUAAACCUUAUGUCUUCUAAAGGGUCAAUGGACCGCUUUGCAGAGUUUUAUUGACGACUUGUUCUAAGCUCUACAAGAAUCAAUAGCAUUGACUUUUUAACAUUUUUUUCACGUGUAUUGCUAACGCAUGACAAUGCAUCUUUGAAAUACCUCACAAUAUUUUUUUAUUAGAAUGAUGUAGUAAUCCUACAAAGCAAAAAAAAAACACACCUGGAAUGUCAGCCUAGUGAAAUCGCACUGGACCAUACCAAUCAUCCAUAAACAAUAGGGGUGCAGUUCUAGUGAGUUGUCGAUGGUUGAAACCCUAGUAUCAGGUUUUUACCAAAGAGUGACUUUUCCUGUUUUGGAAGCUAAGGUUGUAGCACAUUCUAGGACCUGUGGCCUCUAUAUUAAUCUUGGUAUGUGCCAGGAGUUUCUCCACCUCAUUUUAUGAGAUCUGGACCCAGUGGAGAGUGUUAAGCCUGGUAAGUCGG